GAUAGUCAGAUUCCAAAGAAAAUCAUCUCAGUUUUUAUGUUUUCCCACCUCUCAGCUGAUUGCAGAGCUGCAGACAUCUGUAUGUGACUCUAAAGAGGAGGCUGUGCGCCUGCAGCAGGCCAUGGAGAAGCAGCUGAAGGAGGUCAACGCUCGGUGGGAUGAAGAGAGACAGACGAUUACCCAGAAUGCCGAGCAGGCCAACAAGGCUCUGCUAGAAAAGGUGGAAAACCUGCAGAGACAGCUGCACUGUGCGGAGAAGAAGCUGCUCAGCAAAGAGCUGGAGUCAGAAGAGAGGGUGACGAAGGUGCAUCAGGAGUACGAGGAGAAGAUCAAAGGUCUGAUGCCAGCAGAUCUCAGGCAGGAGCUGGAAGACACCAUCACCUACCUGAAAGCUCAGGUCGGCUUCCUCCAGAAGACGGCCUCUUUGCUACAGGAAGACCUGGAUGCCUGUCGCAACAGGAGGUAACGGUAUAAAUGAAGACAUUCUGGGAGAAGAAGGAUGAUAUUUUCCAGUAAAAGUGAGCAUUGUAGUUCCCUCUCAUUAACACUCCACUGGGCCAGUCAUCUUUACGUUUAAUGCCCUGCUUUACCCUCGUGGCAUAUAAAAUAUUUAUUCUAGUUGUUUUUAUUCUUGUUUCAGUGUAACAUUUUUAUUGUCCAGCUAAAGUGUUCGUUUAUUCGUUUUUUUUGUGAACUGCUGGAUGUUAUUUUAUUUUUUUUAUAAAAUCAUUUGUAAUA